CCUUUUUUGAGAUAAGUAUCAACUGCUUUCACUUCCACUCACUUCAACUGUGGACGCAUCUCAAGAGCUGUGUCAGGUUUCUGGUGAGAACAUCUCAUCAAUUCAUCUGCUGUGGAGAUUUAGACGGAUUUGAAAGAUGAGAGGGAACUUACUUGGAUUGUUUUUUCUUUUAAAAUAUUGCAUGUGCGACAAUGUGCAGAACUUUGAUGGAGACAUCAGGGACUUUGUAGUUGGUAACAGUAAAUUGUAUGUUCUUACUGACCGUCGACUACAUCAGAUGAGACACGAUCUAUUUCUGGAAAAAACAAAGGAUUUUAAUGCCACACAUCCGAACGUUACACUUCUGGUGCCUUUUGAGUCGAACGGCACCCUGAUUACAUGCGGAACAUCUAACGGUGGAUACUGUGAAGUUCUUGAUCUCAAUGAUAUUACAAACAGCAUUUACUGGGAGCCCUUAUCUACUGUACCACAACCGAAUGAAAAAUCCAUAGCAAUUAUAGUGGACAGCAGUCCAAAUGGUCCCUACGUGUUGGUUGUGAAAAAGGAGUUUUCUGAAAAAGACUUUUUUUCUAUUGUCACUUUAUGGAACACUUUAAAUUCUCAACGAGGCUCAAUUUUCACCAAAAUAGGCGAUGGAGAUACCCCUUACAUUCAUAUAACAAGAGAUGUGGAGUUUAUAGACGGGUUUCAGAUCAUUUUGCUCAAACUAUCAUACCUGUUUCUUAACGCACAGUCUGACUACGGGUGGCAAGCGUUUGCUCUCAGACUAAACAACGACAGAACAAAGGAUGGCAUUCAGGAGAACAUAUAUGGAACAAUUUUAAAAUGUUGUAAUGAUAAAUCUCGUCCUGUCCUCGUCGCAUCAGCUCUUAUUUCCUCAGAUAAAGCUGUGAUCUGGACAGGUGUCUUCAGUGCGCAAAAUGAUCCAGAAGAUACCGCCCUCGCUGUUUACAACCUCAGUAAUUUUGAUUACAAACUUAAGGAUAUCUGCUCUCAAAGGAACAAACCAUGUCCUUCUAAGAACGAUCCUACACAUGAGCCAGUAGCAGUAGUUUUGAAAUACAAGUCAAUGAGUUCAGUAGCAGCUGAUAGGAGUGAAUCCUGGAUUGUGCUCUUCAUUGGAACCAAAGAUGGACAAAUUAUAAAGGUUGUGUUGGAUGAGAAAUUCAGUCCAGGCUGUCCCACAGUGCUGUACAGAUCUGAUGAUGAUCAAAAAGUGCUUCCCAGGAUGCAUUUAGAUCCAAUAGAUAACAAACAUAUCUACAUAGCUCUGAAAAACCAAAUCAGAAGAGUUCCUGUGGUUCAAUGUAAACACAGCUCUCUGAGAGACUGCAGAGCUGCGCUGGAUCCUCUCUGUGGUUGGUGUGUUGAGACGCGCAGAUGCUCCACCCAGGAUGAAUGCUUGAUCUCCUCAUGGAUAUCCUUCCCAAAUAACUUCAUUCAGAAACCACUGCUGUCUUUUCAGGUGGCAGAUAAAUCCUCUAGAGAGAUGACACUACAUCUCACCUUGAGUCUGGACAGCACACAAAAUCCUGCUAUAUUUUCAUGUACAUUUACCACAGCGGGUGUGAACCUGUGUGAUAGAUCUGAUCCUGCUAUAAUUUUUCCAAACUGCUCCUGUGAUUUUUCAGACCAGCUUCUGUCUAGUGGAGGUUUGGAGAUCUCAGCUACAGUUACUGUUGAGAAUCAGAAGAUCACAGAGACCCUGAUGCUGAAGAACUGCCCCACUAUUACAGAGAAUUCACAAGUGGCUUCUUAUGCACAGUGUGUGCAGUGCGUCUCAGCUGGAUGUCAUUGGUCAUCUUCUGUCAAGCGUUGUGACUGGACACAUGGUCCUGAACCACAAUUACAUAUACAGGAUGUUUGCAAAGAUUUACACUCUGAUACAGACUAUAAAGAGCCAGAGAUUUUGUCUAUAGAGCCGAACAGAGUUUCUUUUCAUGGCAGAAACAAUGUUUUACUAAGAGGAAGCAGCCUGGGAUCUGUCACCAAAAUCCGUAUUCAAGGGGAUCUGGACUGCUUUCCAAAAGAGUCUCCUGUGUUUGAGCGUUCAAGUGACAGUCUAAAGUUCCACGUUCCUCCCAGUAAAACUAAAGGAACGGCAAAAGUGUGCGCUGUUACUGACGAUGAUCGUUGUCAUGGUAACAGCAUCAUCACUUACAGUUCCCAACCCAGCUGCACAGAAAUACAACCCAAAGUCACAUGGAGAAGUGGUGGAAGGAAGAUUCACGUACAGGGAAACAAUAUGGAGUUUGUGGAAUCAAUCAUUGUGCAUCCCUCCAAUAAAGAGCUCAAACCACAAUACAACACAAGCUCAAAGGUAAAAUGUCCUUAUUAUGCUCAUAUUUGGCUGAAAGAUUUGUGGUUUUACACCCACCCUUAUGAUGGCAAUGGUCUCAUUACUUUGAUGUUAAAAGUUGGUAACGUCAUUUUAGACUGUGCAAGUUUGACCCACCAGCCUGAUCCAGAGUUUAUUGGAUUUACAACCACACACAUGGACAAUGAUGUACUGGUUACUAUAAAGAAAAAUGCAGAUCAGUUAAAUUUGAGUAUGAAUGAGGUGAAGGUGUCUGGUGUAGAUGGAGAGGAUGAAUAUGAGUGUGUUCUGGAAGAGAUUUCCUCUCAAACCAUUACAUGUUUGAUUAAAGGAGCCCUGAUCUCAGUUGAGUCUGUCACUAUCAGGGUUGGAAAAUCGUUCAGUCUUACGAUGGGUCAAAGCAGUUCAAAAUAUUUGUUUUGCAUUAGACCACAGGACACAUCUGGUUAAGUAUGAAAUGGCAAAAGAAUUAAAUAUAGACAUUUCUGUGGUAGUUUGGAAAAACGUAAUUGUCUAAGACUAGAGAAACUAAUUGCUUCAUGUUAAAUUUCUUUUUUAAAUUUUAUAUUUCCUGUAAUAUUGCUAUUUUUAACAUGUGUAAUUAUUUGUUUAGCCUUAUGUUUAAUGAAUUUUUUUCUGCUUUAGUGGCCACUGAGACCCCAUUAUAGAUUCCAUAAUUGAAAAAAUUAAGUCUAAUGCCCUGUUUGCACUAAUAACAGGUCAGCUUAACACGGACAUCACAUGUGCAAACUUGCUUAGCAGAAAGCUGCUUUUUUAUGUAGAUUAGAAAAGCUUUUGUCAGAUGCACUGUUCUCUAAACACCAGGUGGCGCUCUAUACUUACAUAUUAAGUGUACAAUACUGUACAUUAUAUACAUUUAAAACGUAAAACUUCCUUCAGUCUACUGUUUACUGUUAUAUAUUUUUGUAAUGAGAGACUUUGAUAAUAUGAUUAAUUAUUGUCUUAUUUUAAUUGUUCAACUACACAGUUCUGUCUCUCUCUCUUAUGUGAUCACGCAUAGUUAGAUUAUUAGUAGCAUUUUUAACAGGCAAAAAAUAGAAAAUCUGGGGGAGAACAGUUGCAAUAUUGCUUUUAUCAAUCAGGAACGUUGAUACUUAGUUAUAGGGUGACUAUACCUGCCAUUCUUCCCGGACGCGUCCUGGCCAGGAUUACGGUGCGUCUUCUGGAAGUCGCAUUUGUUGACCGCAUACGCCAUUCAGUUAAAAACAUAAGACAUACAAUUGUAGUUUCAUUCUUACCUUAAAAUGUAACGGUUGCUUUUCUGUAAUAACAAUAAUAAUUCUCUAUGACGUAUGCGGUCGACAAAUACGACUUCCGGAAGACGCACCCUAAAUCCUGGACAGGACACGUCCGGGAAGAAUGGCACGUAUGGUCACCCUACUUAGUUAGCACCUCCUCAACUCUGGAAGAAAGCUGCCAUAUGUGACCAUUCCUUCUUGGAAAAGUACUUUUCUAGGUAUAAAAGUUUUUCUUUCAUGCUAAGAUAAAUCAUUUGUUCAUCCCUCCAAUAAAGAGCUUAAAACUCAACACAAACUCAAAGGUAAAACGGGCUUAUUACUCUUCCAUUUGGCUAAAAGGAGCUU